AUGCAAGGAGCUAACAACUCAGCUGUAAUCCUCGAUCCAAAAUCGGAAUCGUCUGGAGCCGAACCCGAAAACAUCACGCUCGCAUCAAUACCGUUGGCUUUCCUAAUUGUCUUUACAAUUUUUGGAAACAUUCUGGUUUGUGCCGCGUUUUAUCAUUGCCGAGAUCUUCGCAAUGUAACAAAUUACUUCGUUGUUUCACUGGCUGUUGCUGACCUGUUAGUAGGGUUCGUGUGUAUGCCAUUCUGGUUCGUUUACCUCAUCAAACAAUGGCCAGACCCUCUUAAGGACAAAGAACUGUACACGUUAUGGAUUUGUUUGGACAUUGUGAGCGGGACAUCUUCAAUUAUGAACUUAGUGGCUAUCAGCGUGGAUCGCUUCUUCGCCAUAACAUCUCCAUUCACCUACCAUUCGAAACUGACUAAGAACCGCGCUCGUUUGUGCAUUGUGUUUCUGUGGGCCUACUCCAUCACUGUAGCCAGUUUACGGCUCAUUUCAACGCAUGGCAAAUGGUAUGCAUAUUUUGUUGCUUCUGCGAGUUAUUUUCUACCAUUACCAGUUCUUCUCUUUUCCUAUGCUCGAAUUUUUCGUGUGGCUCAUCAACAAGCCUUAAAAAUGCAAAUAGAAACCUAUGGCCAAGAAAUGUCAGAUGUUGAACAUAAGAACGGGGAAUCCGCUGACUCAGAGACUUUUGUGAAGCCUCGCGUCUCUUACAGCGUGGGACGGAAUUCUUCCACUGCAAGUCGCCUCCUUUUCCAUAAAGUGCGCCCGCGCUUAACUAGUCAGAGCUCCGUGCGCCAAAUGCGUCGUGUAUAUCACACUGAUCUGAAAGCCGCUAAGACGCUAGCGAUUGUAAUGGGUGCCUUUCUCGCUUGCUGGUCACCGUAUAUCAUCACUUUAUUGAUAACGGUUUCCUGUGGGAGGUGCAUGUCUCAGGACACGACCUUACGACUCGCUAAAGCUAUGAAGUGGCUGCAUUACUCUAAUUCAGCGGUAAACCCGAUCAUCUACACGCUCCUCAAUCGGCACUUCCGAGCGGCUUUCCGUAGGAUUCUCUGUCGGUUCGUGUCCGAUCAAAGUUUCUCUUAUGUCAGUCGAUGGCUGUCGCACAGUACGCCGAGAACCAGCCGAAGUAGUGGAAAUAUUGCCGUUGAUUUAGUUAAAGCCAAUUCUAAGACUGAGAUGGACGCUCUCGUUUGCACUGAAAUCGUGACCGUUGUUUAG